AUGGAGCCCGGCUCGGGAGUCCGGCUCCCGCGGGGCCUCCGCCCGGCCUCGCCCCUGCCGCUGCACCUCCGCCGCCGCGCACCCUGCCGCCAUCUGGACACCUCACAGGUGCGCCUCCAAGCCGCGCGCGCGCGCGCUCAGCACACCCAGACGCCUCCGGGGGACAGCGCGCGUGCGCACGCACGAGGCCAGCGAGCCCCAGGGGAGCGGGGGCCGCACGCAUGCGCGCCGCCCGGCCCUCGCCCCUUCCCCCCUCCCCUGCUCCCGCCCCCAUCGGCCGCCCGCGCGUGCCCUCCCCCCAAUCCCAGGCUGGUCCCGGGUACCCCCCAACCCCCACCGCCCAGCGCGCGCGCGCUCCCGCUCGCCCGCCUCGCUCCUCCUCCCCCGCGCCCCACCCGGGCCCGCGUUACCCCGGGCAACCGCAGUGCGGCCGCACCUGAGCUUUGCGCCUGCGUCCCACCGGCCAGACCCUCCCUGCCCCUCGGUCCGUUCCCCAACCCCGCACAGCUGCGGGAGGGGGGCGUCGCCCCCUCCCGGGGAAGUGAGUAUCGAUCGGCCUCCCCCGCCCCUCCCCGCAGACACAGACCCGCCGCCGCGCCGGCGCCUCGGCCGCCCUCCCGGUCAGCGCGGACAGGCCUCGCCGCCCCGGCCCCCGCUCCCAGCGUGCACCGCGGCGAGCGCUCGGGUGGGAGCCGGCGAGAUGCGCUCGGCGGGCGGUGCCCACUGACCUCCCUCGGCGGCCGGGCCGGGGCAGGGCCGGAGCCGGGAGCCAGCCCCGCCCGCCGCCCCGCCCAUGGACCGCCGGCCCCCGCUGCCGCCCGCCCGGAGGACCGCGCCGAGUGGGGGAGCCGCCUGAAGGACCGCGACGGCCGCGUCCGCAGGUGA